CAAUCGUUAUAAAACCUACUAGCAAACAAAACUAGUGCGCCAUGGAACCUUCACACAGAUGCAGAGCAUGGACAUCGAGCUCACUUCCCCACCACCACCACCACCACCACCACCAUCAUCAUCAUCAUCAUUUUCAUCAUCGCCACUGCCAUCACCGUCACCAUAACUAUCACCAUCACCAUCAUCCCUUGACCUUCUUGCCUCACCAUCCUCACUUGAUCAUCUGCCCUCACCACCACAUAAAUCAUCAUACCCAUCAUGUAAACGCUACUUUUACUCUUCAUCCACAACAAAAUUCAGAGCCUUUGCAGAACCAUUUCAUCUUGGAGGCGGAGUCUCCCCUUUUUAAACAUACUUCUCAUUAUGAUGCUCAGACGUGGACGUUGCAAGAUGAGGACAACAAAGGUUUAGUAGAAGAGGAAGAGGAAGCAGCUGAGGAGCCCAUCUUUGUUCUGACUGAUGAAUGGAGAGAGUUUUUUGCAGCAUCUGAAGCUAAGAGGAAAUUGGCGAAGAAGCAGGCUAAGAAGAAAUAGCAGAAGCCGAG